CCCUCCACCUCCUAACUCCCUAGCGCUCACCGCACUUGGUCGCCUAGUCGCCCGCUCCCGUUUGACUCUCGAAGCCAUGGCGGGACCAGGGGGCUGGAGGGACAAGGAGGUCACAGAUCUGGGCCACUUGCCGGAUCCAACUGGAAUAUUCUCACUAGACAAAACCAUUGGCCUUGGUACUUAUGGAAGAAUCUAUUUGGGACUCCAUGAAAAGACUGGCGCAUUUACGGCUGUUAAAGUGAUGAAUGCCCGUAAGACUCCUUUACCUGAAAUAGGAAGGCGGGUGAGAGUGAAUAAGUACCAAAAGUCUGUUGGAUGGAGAUACAGUGACGAGGAGGAGGAUCUCAGGACUGAGCUCAACCUUCUGAGGAAGUACUCUUUCCACAAAAACAUUGUGUCCUUUUAUGGAGCAUUUUUCAAGCUGAGUCCCCCUGGCCACAGACACCAACUUUGGAUGGUGAUGGAGUUAUGUGCAGCAGGCUCAGUGACUGAUGUAGUGAGGAUGACAAAAAAUCAGAGCUUAAAAGAAGAUUGGAUUGCUUAUAUCUGCCGAGAAGUCCUUCAAGGCUUAGCACAUCUUCAUGCACACCGAGUCAUUCACCGAGACAUCAAAGGUCAGAAUGUGCUGCUGACUCAUAAUGCUGAAGUAAAACUGGUUGAUUUUGGAGUGAGUGCUCAGGUGAGCAGAACUAAUGGAAGGAGAAAUAGCUUCAUUGGGACACCAUACUGGAUGGCACCUGAAGUGAUUAACUGCGAUGAGGACCCACGGCGUUCCUAUGAUUACAGAAGUGAUGUUUGGUCUGUGGGAAUCACUGCUAUUGAAAUGGCAGAAGGGGCUCCUCCUCUAUGUAAUCUUCAGCCCUUGGAAGCCCUCUUCGUUAUUUUGCGUGAAUCUGCUCCCACAGUCAAAUCCAGUGGCUGGUCCCGCAAGUUCCACAAUUUCAUGGAAAAGUGCAUGAUAAAGAACUUCCUGUUUCGUCCUACUUCUGCAAACAUGCUUCAGCACCCAUUUGUUCGCAGUAUAAAACAUGAGCGGCAUGUUGUGGAGUCAUUAACAAAGCAUCUUACUGGAAUCAUUAAGAAAAGAGAGAAAAAAGGGAUCCCUUUGGUAUUUGAAAGAGAAGCUAUUAAGGAGCAAUACACCAUGAGAAGAUUCAGAGGACCCUCUUGCACUCAUGAACUUUUAAAAAUACCAACCAGCAGCAGAUGCAGACCACUUAGAGUCCUGCAUGGAGAACCAUCUCAACCAAGGUGGUUACCUGAUCAAGAAGAGCCACAGGUUCAGGCACUUGAGCAACUACAAGGGGCAGCUAGAGUGUUCAUGCCCAUACAGGCACAGGACAGUACACAAAGACCUCUACAGAGUCAGGUGCAGGCACCUCCACGAUUACAAAAGGCAGCUAGGGUUUUCAUGCCACUACAAGGUCAGGUGAAGGGUAAGGCAUUUAGGCCUCUACACAUGGAGAUUAAGGCACCUCCACGACUACGGAAGCUAUCUGGCAUGAUCAUGCCACUACAGGCUCAGGGCAAGAUGGCUAGGCCUUCACAGAAAGAGAGCUCCAUACCCAAAGAACAACAGGCUCAGACCCAGGAAAAGAAACAAGCUAAGGCCCAGGAACAGGAACAGGCUCUGGCAGAGAACCAGAAACAGGCCCAGGCCCAGGAACAGGAACAGGCCCUUCUAGAACAGGCUCAGGCCCAGGCCCAGGAAUGUACACAGGUUCAAGCCCUAGCAUCAGAACAGCCACAAGAUUUGGACCAGGUGCCAGAGGAAUUUCACGGGCAAGAUCAGGUACCUGAACAACAACAAAGACAGGGCCGGGCUGCUGAACAACGGCAAGGGCAGAACCAUCUCCCUGAACAGCAUCUGGACCAGAACCAAGCGCCUGAACAGCCAGAGGUACAGGAACAGGCUGCUGAGCCUGCACAGGCUGAGGUUGAGGCUCAGGCACCUGAGACAUUACUAGUACAUGCCCAAGUGUUCCUGCCCCUACUCUCACAGAACCACCAUGUUCUCUUGCCACUACAUUUGGAUACUCAGGUGCUCAUUCCAGUAGGGGAGGGAAAUGAAGGGUCACCGCAGAUACAGGCCUGGGCACUAGAGACCUCACAGGCAGUUGAGUCAGUUCAAGCUCUGAUAGAAGGACUCUCAAGAGACUUGCUUCGAGCACCAAACGCAAGUAACUCGAAGCCACUUGGUCCACUGCAAACCCUGAUGGAAAGCCUCUCAUCAAACAUAUUUUACACUCAACCAGAACCAACUAGGAAGAAAAAAUCAAAAGUUUCUAGUCUGAGGCAAGCAUUAGCAAAAAGACUUUCACCAAAAAGGUUUAGGGCAAAGUCAUUACGGAGACCUGAAGAGCUUGAAAUUGAGGAUGUAGAAGCCCGCAGAAGAAGGCGCCAACGCAGAUGGGAGGACAUCUUUAAUCAGCAUGAGGAAGAACUGAGACAAGUUGAAAAUGUCCAAGAGAGAUCUUCUUCUAUGCGUAACAACCACAAUCAUACACAGCGUGUGAAGUUCUCCUCAAGUGUUCCUCAGCAGUCUCUUUUGGAACAAGCUCAGAAGCCCAUUGACAUCAGACAAAAUCCUGAGAAUUGUCCUGAAGCAUCAGAAUCUUCUUCUGAAGAGGAGAGUCCCAGGGUUGUGAGGAGGUCCCAGUCAUCACCUCCUUAUUCUACUAUUGAUCAAAGCUUGCUGAUUGAUGUCCAUGUUCCAGAUGGAUUUAAAGUAGGAAAAAUAUCACCCCCAGUAUAUUUAACAAAUGAAUGGGUGGGCUAUAAUGCACUCUCUGAAAUCUUCCGGAAUGAUUGGUUAAUUCCGGCACCUAUCGUUCAGCCACCUGAAGAGGAUGGUGAUUAUGUUGAACUCUAUGAUGCUGGUGCUGAUACUGAUGGUGAUACUGAAUCUAAUGCAUAUAGACAUACCUAUGACCAUGCCAAUGAAAAUGCUGGCUUGGAUAACCACUUUGAGCAGGCAAAGUAUGUUUGUGAAGACCACAAUAAUGCUGAUGGCAAUGAGGAGUCUGUUGAUGAUGUACGUGGUAAUCAUGAUGGUGCUUCUAACUGGCCAAGAUAUAGAAGAGAUGGAAGCUACAAACAAGUUGGUAAUAAUGGAAAAGAAGGAGCUGGCAGAGGCUAUGGAAAUGAUAAAGCCAGGAGCGGCUAUGGAAGAAGUGCUGUAGGUGGAGCCAGUGCAGCUUUUGGAGAUCCAGAAGAAUAUGGAGCCAAUACAGGCAGUGGAACACGUGGCAGGAAUAAUGGUGAUAUGGCAGUCGGUGGAAUCAGUGCAGAGAAUGGAGCAUGUGGAUUCAGUGAAGGAGAAAAUUACUCAGCAAUAGAUGGACUGGGACUAGAGAGACAUGUCUUCCAGGACGUGGAACCUGAACUAGAGGAAUUGAAUGGUGAAAGUGAUGCCUCAAAUUCCAUCGCCUCUGAUAUUACACCCCCAGGAUUUGAUGAAGAAAUUGACAUAUCAGUAUCAUCAACCUCAUUGGGAUUUUCUCCCGCCCACUCAUCUCCUUCCAAAGAUUCUGAGAGGACUACUGAUGCUGACUGUGACAGUGCCAUCUUAUAUGCUGGAUUUGUUGAAGUACCUGAGAAAUUACCUAUGCUACCCUCUGAAGUCAAUGUUAACCCAUUCUAUGUCUCUCCUCCAUCUAAAAAACCACUUAUCCACAUGUAUGAAAAGGAAUUUACUUCUGAAAUCUGCUGUGGUUCUUUAUGGGGAGUCAAUUUGCUGCUGGGGACUCGCUCUAAUCUGUAUCUGAUGGACAGAAGUGGAAAAGCAGAUAUUACUAAACUUAUAAAGCGAAGACCCUUUCGCCAGAUUCAAGUUGUAGAGCCACUCAACUUGCUGAUUACCAUCUCUGGCCGUAAGAAUAGACUUCGGGUAUAUCAUUUGACUUGGCUUCGGAACAAGAUUCUGCAUAAUGAUCCAGAAAGUAAAAGGCGUCAAGAAGAAAUGCUGAAGACAGAGGAAGCUUGCAAAGCUAUUGACAAGCUGACUGGCUGUGAGCACUUCAGUGUUCUCCAACAUGAAGAAACAACCUACAUCGCAAUUGCUCUGAAAUCAUCCAUUCACCUUUAUGCAUGGGCACCAAAGUCCUUUGAUGAAAACACUGCUAUUAAAGUAUUUCCAACUCUUGGUUAUAAGCCAGUGACAGUUGACUUAGCAAUUGGUCCUGAGAAGACAUUGAAGAUUUUCUUCAGCUCAGCAGAUGGUUAUCAUAUCAUUGAUACGGAAUCAGAAGUUAUAUCUGACGUGACCUUGCCAAAUAAUAAUAUCAUCAUUUUACCUGAUUGCUUGGGGAUUGGUGUGAUGCUCACCUUCAAUCCUGAAGCUCUCUCUGUGGAAGAAAAUGAAGAACUGUUCAAGAAGGUCCUUGAAGUGUGGAGAGAUAUACCAUCUUCUGCAGCUUUUGAGUGUACACAGAGAACCACUGGAUGGGGCCAGAAGGCCAUUGAAGUGCGCUCUUUGCAAUCAAGAGUUCUGGAAAAUGAGCUGAAGCGCAGGGCAAUCAAGAAUCUGAGAUUUCUCUGUACCCGAGGUGACAAGGUGUUUUUUACUUCUACCCUGCGCAACCACCACAGCCGAGUGUACUUCAUGACUCUUGGGAAACUUCAAGACCUCCAAAGCAAUUAUGGUUUUUAAGAGGUUCCAGUGAUUUGUUACAUCUACAUUUAUGAUACAUAUUCAAUUGCAUCUUCACAUUUCUGAGAUUAAAUGAGCAUUCUUUUAUUGCUAGAGAAAAAAUUAAAUCAGAAACUUUCUUUUAAUGUAGCACAGAGUAGUUUUAAUGAGAAAUGCAGCUUUAUAUAUAAAAUUAACAAUAGCAAGCUCUAUGUACUCCAAUGAUGUACAAUGUCUUUUGCACAAACUUUGUAACUUUUGUUACUGUGAAUUCAAACAUUAUUCUUAGGUCAGUUUGGACAGUAUCUGUAUUCAGACUUACAAUACUGAGUAAAGAAUCUUAUUAUGAGUUAGAUUACCAACAAAUGAAUUGGCCAUGAAUAAAACUUCUCCAGAGGAGAAAAAAGUUAAAUUUAUCCAUGAUUUUUUUCAAAGAAACAAAGAUUGUAAUGACUAUGUAAUAGUCUAGACUAUGGUUGAACAACCUGCAUGCCCAGAGUACUUUGAAGUGAUAAAUGAGGACACAUCCUCCAUCUCCUCCCAAGUAAGAUCAUAGUCAAAGGCCAGUUGUAUUCUUUUUUACUCCUUGUUCAACUGAUUUUCUCCCUAAGAGAAGAAAAACGGGAGGGUUUAUAUGCUUGAUUUUCCUCGGAAUCCUCAAAGAUGCGCAAUAGCUAUUUUUACAAAUCACUAAAUUAUAUACUUGUAAGGCUGAAUACAGAACUGAACUUCAAUACAUAUGUACUGUAGAAAGAGUUUUCUCUUUUUAAUACUUAAAGUAGGCGUCAAAUUCUGUGCCCAAAAUUAGCCAUUUUUUUCAAAAUCAUUACCUGGCCAAUAAUAUGACAUUCACACAGCACCAAAUAUUUACCCAAACCUAAAUUCAAGUGUUUAAAAUUUUCCACUUACUAAACAACAAAAAGUGAUAAAACAUAAAACAAAAGACUUCAAUGAUGAAUACUUAAAAUUUCAUGUUUCAAAUGCUGUAAAAUCAGUAACUAAGAUUAUUCAAACCCAGAUUUAGUGCUAUAAUGAAAUGAAGAUUUUGAAAAAACAUAUCUACAUCUGUAAAGUUAGAAUAGUGAAAGUCAUGCUAGGCCCAUCACUCAAAAAUGGUAUAGACGCCACAGAUAGGUGAUGUUUAGUCACCUAUAGUAACUGCUACCUGGUGAAAAGCAUAAUUAAUACAUAUCCAUCCUCAGUGCCAAGGUUAGUUCUGGGGCAAGAAGCAACAGAACCACCACAAAGUAUACCUCAUUAAGAAUUCCUCUAGCUCUGCUUCUAAAAUCUUUAGAUGGUGCUAGCAGGACAAUAAGUUUUAAACUACCUUGUUACCCAGAAAUCAAAAGCAGCUGAUUACAUGUGAAUUCAUGAUAGCACAUCAUUUCUUGGCACCCAAGUGCCAAAACUGAAGAUUUGGAUUUUCCUAACAACUUUUAUCAAGAUCAAGAGUGUAGUAACUCAGAGUUGAGAAUGUAGGAGAACUUGAAUCCGUUAACUAAAGAAAUAAAUGUGAAUCACGUUCUGUUACUGUGAUACAAUAAUGUGAUUCUCCAACUGGCUCAUCCUUCAGUGUUUACAACACAAACGACUUUUUAAAUGCAAUCAUUUUGCAAAGGAAAACAAACUUCUAUUUCAAAAUAUUUUCAUAGAGGUAGUGUACAUUAUUAUGUUUGUACACCAAUAGGCCAUGGGGAACUCUGUGCAAGUACCUCAUUGCUGAGCAAAUGGAGCUUGCUAUGUUUGAAUUUCAGAUUUUUUUCUCAUUUAUGUAGUAUGUAGGAGCAAGUCUUUUAAUUCUUUUAUUCUUAAUAAUAUUUACUCAAAGUUAAAAUCAUAUAGUUAAAAGUAGUUUAGGAAGUCAACUCCCGUUGUCCUCUGUGGCGCUUAUCCAGCAAACAUAGGCAAGAGUGAAGAGAAUCUUUGAGAUGUUCUAAAGCAACCACACAUGAAAGAGUGGAAAUGUGUAACUGAGCUUUAAAGGACAUGAUGUUAAUGAAGAAAGAAAGCUAGGCACAUAGCAAGAAGGGAGGUUAUGAAAUGAGCAGCCAUAUAGAAAAGAUUGACAUUAUUUGAAAUCGUUCAUAGGUAAAAGACAUUUCCAAUAGAGAUGCAAAUCAGUCAGGAUUUACAUCCUUUUCUAACUGAAAUAAGAAAGUGAAGGGACAAUGAAAUCUUAAAAGUACCUUGCUGGGUGCUUCAUAAUAGAUGGAAGAAAUUAUAUCUCUACAUCACUUAGAGUAACAACACCUGAAAGCUCUAGCCCUUCCCAGAAGGGUGGGAUGAAUUUUCUGGAAGGCAGUUUUCCCUAGUCAUUUUGUUUGAAGCAUGGAAGAUUUAGCAGGUUGUGAGCAGCAUUGUUUGUCUUUAUUUUAGUGAAAUUUUGUUUUGUUUUGUUUCUCACCAAAGCCAUUUUCCAUAAUAAACUACAUUAUUGGAAAUAUAUGAAAACUAGAAAAUAAUGGCUAAAACAAAGUUGAUAAGAAAAUUUUCUGAGUGGUUGAGUCAGUUAAAGGAAGGUAAGAGCCUGAGAGGAAACAGUAAGAAAGUGUAAUCAUUUAGAUGGUAAAAUAUGCAGGAAUCACACAUGUAUUCUUACUCUUUCUUCCUCCCUCUCCUUCUCUCUCUCCUUCUUCCUCUUCCUUCCUCCCUGUCUUUCCCUCCCUUCCUCCUUCUCUCUUCAUCUUCCUCUUCUCUAUUUCACACACAGUUACUAUUUUCAGUAAAACACAUUAGAAUGCACACAAUUUAAUACUUUCAAUAACACAUUAUAAUACACAAAUUUUAAUGUAUUCAGUAACACAUUAGAGUACAAACAUUGCAACAUUUUUAUUACUACCAGUUUUGAGAUAAAUUGCAAUCACUAAGUAAUUUUUUUUUACCAAGAGUCAACUAGUUUAGAUGAUAUACAUAAACUGAGGAAUGCCACACACAUGCAAUGGGAUCUUUUAAGUACUCUUCAAUUUGUUUCUCAAAAUGUAUGCCUCUUUUCAACAACUUAUAUCCAACCUAUACUCUUAAAAAUAUUGUGACAAUCUUUGAGACUGCUAAUUGUUUAAUCAGAAAUUCUGUAAUGAACGUAUUCUUCAAUCUUUAAAAAUAAAAAUUUUCAAAAGUUA